AUGUCGUGCCGGCUGGCAUGGCUCUUUCUGAGUGCUUCGCUGGCAACGGCUACGGAAAUCGUCUAUGUGACUGAUUUAACAAUCUUUACAGAAUUAGCACCAUGCGCUGCUUCCGCAGUCUCCUACAAUGUCAUGUCGAUGACUUAUUCGGCCUGCCCCCAAGCUGUGACGGACUUACAGUCGUGCGUCUGCUCGAAGAACAACAACCUCGCCUCUUUUUCAACGGCACUGUCGAGCUCGGUCAGCUACAGCUGUGGUUCGACAGCAUCCGAUGACCAGGCCAGCGCCGCCAGCGUCUAUAAGGCCUACUGCAACCAAGCGUCUAUUAUUCCGUUCGCCAAACCCAGCAGCCCGGUCAGCCAAUACAUCACGGAUCUUGCAGAAUGGGCCGACCUUGCCCCUUGUGCUGCCAAUGCGCUUUCCUACAACAUCAUGUGGACAUACGACCUCUGUCCGGCAGAUGCCAGCCUCCUGGCCACUUGCGUAUGCAACAAGAACCAGAACUCUCUACUAGUGAGCCAAGGCAUUAAUACAUCGGCCAAAUAUUCAUGCUCAUCGCACACUGCCGACCUCGAGUCAGCACAAGCCCUUUUCUCGGCAUAUUGUGGCUUAAAUGAGGGGAAGUCGUCAUUCCCAGUUACAGCUGAGCCUCCGGGUGAUAUGACGUACUACAUCACUGGCCUAGCCGAAUUCUCAUCGUUAGCCCCUUGCGCAAAGUCGGCUGUGUCGUGUGGUGUUUUCAGCGUAAGUCAUGCUGCAGUGCUCUACGCGCCAAGAACUGGACUGACAAUGUCUCAGCAAACAUACGACUUGUGCCCUGGAGGACCCAAAGCUCUCGCCUCGUGUGCGUGCUUGAAAGACGGUAUGCCCGGCCAUGUGUCCAGCGUCAUCACGUCCGAAGUCAAGUACUCGUGCGACACAACCGCGUCUGAGGAUGUCAUCUCCGCGUUGAGUGUCUGGGACCUUUACUGUAGCGCUGCGAAGGGACUGGCGACACCUGCAGGGGUCACGGAAUCUGUUGAGCAAACCUCAGCGACUGCCAAAGCCGGCAGUGGUGGCAGCAUUUACGUGCCGCAAGCGACCGAUAGUAGCGACAGUGACAGCAGCGGUAGCUCCGGGUCAAACGGCUCGGAUAGCAGUUCCGGCAGCGCUUCAUCCGACGUCCCGAAGACCAACACAAUGGCCAUCAUCGCUGCCACGGUAGGCUUCAUCCGCCGCUGCCGAAACCAAAAUGCCGGCAAGAACGGAACCCAUGUUAUCAGCAUUGGAGACGGUGGCCAUGGGAAGUCAGAGCUGGAUAGUACUUCAAUUAUUCCACCGCCGAUGGGCAGCCCAAGCCCAAGCAUGGUGAAGGCAAGCUUGAUAUCCCGAACAGAUAACGUGUCACCUGUUUCUGCCUACAGUCGACCUCAGACGGCUGAGUUACAGGGGCAGUACCCGUUUGCGCCCCCGUUCCCGUCGAGGUCGGAGCUCGGGGGUCAGCAGGCCUACUCUCCGCAGCAACACAAUUCAUAUCCCAAACAGUCCGAGUUGCAAGGGCAACACGCCUUCGCGACGGCGCUUUCUCAGGGGACGGCGGAGGCGCAUGGAUGGCAGGUGUACGAAGCGCCGGGAAAAUGCAGGCCGCCGGUCUACGAGGCGUAUGGACAGGAUGUAGGACCGCAGCGGGCAGAGCUGCAGCAAAUGGGGUGGCAAUCUGGACCGGUCGGGGCUUACCAUGAGAUGGAUGGGGGUUAUACUGGGCAUGUGCGGCAGCCCGUGUAG